CUCGCGCGGCCGGGGGCCCGCGGCGCUGGGGUCGGCGCCGGGGUCGUUGUCUGGGCCGGGUGGGUUGCGGCGCGCGGCCGGCGCUCUGGCCUGGCCUGGCCGCCGCUGAGCAGUCGGGGCCGGUGGGUGGCCUCGCACGCCGGGACAGACCGACAGACGGACUGGCCGGCAGUCCCGCGCCCCCGAGCGGAGCGGGCCGGACGGAAACGUCCGGGCAAGUUGGGGUCGGCAGAGUUGGAAGCCCAGCGAGGCUAGAGGCCAGUCCCAAAGUCUCCAGGCAUCAGAGCUGCAGCCCAGGAGCCUCAAGGCGGCCCGGCGGGCGACUGGACGGCCGGACAGGUCCCGAGCAGCCCGGCCUACCAUGGACCCCUCUGCCCACAGGUCCCGAGCAGCCCCGCCCAACAUGGACCCAGACCCCCAGGCGGGCGUGCAGGUGGGCAUGCGGGUGGUGCGCGGCGUGGACUGGAAGUGGGGCCAGCAGGACGGCGGCGAGGGCGGCGUGGGCACGGUGGUGGAGCUUGGCCGCCACGGCAGCCCCUCGACACCCGACCGCACAGUGGUCGUGCAGUGGGACCAGGGCACGCGCACCAACUACCGCGCCGGCUACCAGGGCGCACACGACCUGCUGCUCUACGACAACGCCCAGAUCGGCGUCCGGCACCCCAACAUCAUCUGUGACUGCUGCAAGAAGCACGGGCUACGGGGGAUGCGCUGGAAGUGCCGCGUGUGCCUGGACUACGACCUCUGCACGCAGUGCUACAUGCACAACAAGCACGAACUCGCCCACGCCUUCGACCGCUACGAGACCGCUCACUCGCGCCCUGUCACACUGAGUCCCCGCCAGGGCCUCCCGAGGAUCCCACUAAGGGGCAUCUUCCAGGGAGCGAAGGUGGUGCGAGGCCCCGACUGGGAGUGGGGCUCACAGGAUGGAGGGGAAGGGAAACCAGGCCGUGUGGUGGACAUCCGUGGCUGGGAUGUGGAGACAGGCCGGAGUGUGGCCAGCGUGACGUGGGCUGAUGGUACCACCAACGUGUACCGUGUGGGCCACAAGGGCAAGGUGGACCUCAAGUGUGUGGGCGAGGCAGCGGGCGGCUUCUACUACAAGGACCACCUCCCAAGGCUUGGCAAGCCGGCCGAGCUGCAGCGCAGGGUGAGUGCUGACAGCCAGCCCUUCCAGCACGGGGACAAGGUCAAAUGUCUGCUGGACACUGACAUCCUGCGGGAGAUGCAGGAAGGCCAUGGCGGCUGGAACCCCAGGAUGGCGGAGUUUAUCGGACAGACGGGCACCGUGCAUCGCAUCACGGACCGAGGGGACGUGCGCGUGCAGUUCAACCACGAGACGCGCUGGACCUUCCACCCCGGGGCGCUCACCAAGCACCACUCCUUCUGGGUGGGCGACGUGGUCCGGGUCAUCGGCGACCUUGACACAGUGAAGCGGCUGCAGGCUGGGCACGGCGAGUGGACAGACGACAUGGCCCCUGCCCUGGGCCGCGUCGGAAAAGUGGUGAAAGUGUUUGGAGACGGGAACCUGCGUGUAGCAGUCGCUGGUCAGCGGUGGACCUUCAGCCCCUCCUGCCUGGUGGCCUACAGGCCCGAGGAGGAUGCCAACCUGGAUGUGGCUGAGCGCGCCCGGGAGAACAAAAGCUCACUGAGUGUGGCCCUGGACAAGCUUCGGGCCCAGAAGAGUGACCCAGAGCACCCGGGAAGGCUGGUGGUGGAGGUGGCGCUGGGUAACGCAGCCCGGGCUCUGGACCUGCUGCGGAGGCGCCCAGAGCAGGUGGACACCAAGAACCAAGGCCGGACCGCUCUGCAAAUGGCUGCCUACUUGGGCCAGGUGGAGUUGGUACGGCUGCUGCUACAAGCCAGGGCAGGUGUGGACCUGCCAGACGACGAGGGCAACACGGCGCUGCACUACGCAGCCCUGGGGAACCAGCCCGAGGCCGCCAGGGUGCUCCUGAAUGCUGGGGGCCGGGCGGACGCCAUCAACAGCACCCAGAGCACAGCACUGCACGUGGCUGUGCAGAGGGGCUUCCUGGAGGUGGUGCGGGCCCUGUGUGAGCGUGGCUGUGACGUCAACCUGCCCGACGUCCACUCGGACACGCCCCUGCACUCCGCCAUCUCAGCGGGUACUGGAGCCAGCGGCAUCGUCGAGGUCCUCACGGAGGUGCCAACCAUCGAUGUCACCGCCACCAACAGCCAGGGUUUCACCCUGCUGCACCAUGCCUCCCUCAAGGGCCACGCGCUAGCUGUGAGAAAGAUUCUGACUCGGGCGCGGCAGCUGGUGGACGCCAAGAAGGAGGACGGCUUCACGGCGCUGCACCUGGCCGCCCUCAACAACCACCGCGAGGUGGCCCAGAUCCUCAUCCGGGAGGGCCGCUGUGAUGUGAAUGUGCGCAACCGGAAGCUGCAGUCUCCCCUGCAUCUGGCCGUGCAGCAGGCCCACGUGGGGCUGGUGCCACUACUGGUGGACGCUGGGUGCAGUGUCAACGCCGAGGACGAGGAGGGGGACACAGCCCUGCACGUGGCGCUGCAGCGUCAUCAGCUGCUGCCCCUGGUGGCUGAUGGGGCCGGGGGGGACCCAGGGCCCUUGCAGCUGCUGUCCAGGCUACAGGCCUCAGGCCUCCCCGGCAGCGCGGAGCUGACGGUGGGCGCGGCAGUCGCAUGCUUCCUGGCGCUGGAGGGCGCCGACGUGAGCUACACCAACCACCGCGGCCGGAGCCCGCUGGACCUGGCCGCCGAGGGCCGCGUGCUCAAGGCCCUUCAGGGCUGCGCCCAGCGAUUCCGGGAGCGGCAGGCGGGCGGGGGCGCAGCCCCGGGCCCCAGGCACACGCUCGGGACGCCCAACACCGUGACGAACCUGCACGUGGGCGCCGCGCCGGGGCCCGAGGCCGCUGAGUGCCUGGUGUGCUCCGAGCUGGCGCUGCUGGUGCUGUUCUCGCCCUGCCAGCACCGCACCGUGUGCGAGGAGUGCGCGCGCAGAAUGAAGAAGUGCAUCAGGUGCCAGGUUGUCGUCAGCAAGAAACUGCGCCCAGACGGCUCUGAGGUGGCGAGCGCCCCCCCCGCCCCCGGCCCGCCGCGCCAGCUGGUGGAGGAGCUGCAGAGCCGCUACCGGCAGAUGGAGGAACGUAUCACCUGCCCCAUCUGCAUCGACAGCCACAUCCGCCUCGUGUUCCAGUGCGGCCACGGCGCAUGCGCCCCCUGCGGCUCCGCGCUCAGCGCCUGCCCCAUCUGCCGCCAGCCCAUCCGCGACCGCAUCCAGAUCUUCGUGUGAGCCGCGCCGUCCGUCACGCCCGAGCUGCCUUCGCGUGCCCCCGCCCUGUGUUUUAUAAAAAGAUUCUUGGACGUUG